AUGUGGUUUGGCAAGAGCUGUAGAAACACAACCGAAGCAGUCAAAGUCCCAUUGUACUUCAAAAGCCAUGACCGGCAGGCAGUCGAUGCUGGUUUCGUGGAGACCAUCCGGCAACUGUUGGGCACAGACAACAAUGCCCGAAAUGUGGCCGAGCAGCGCUAUGAUUCAGCAAAAAGGACAGAGCCAGUGCAGCUGGUGGCAUCACUUGUUCAGGUUCUGCUCAAGAGCGACAUUGAAGUGCCAGUGCGGGAACAAUGUGCAGUGCUCUUGCGGCAGUGUUGUGGCAAGGUGAAAGAUGCUGAUUCCACAUGGCAGAAGCUGGGGACACACCAGGCGCAGCUGCGAGGGCAGUUGCUUCAGAUCCUGGAGGCCGAAGCAGUGCCGCAGGUCAGGAGAAAGGUGUCUGAUUGCAUCCAAAGCUUGGCUAACCAAAUCGUUGACAUCGAAGAUGACCAACGUCCGCAGAACCUCCAGGAGUGGCCUGAGCUGAUGCCCACUCUUUUCCGCAUCAUUUGCGAUACCAGCCAGGACAGCAACCUUCGAGCUGAUUGCUUGUGGAUUGUCAAGGAGCUGACGUGUUCCGUGUGGCAGAUGCUUUUGGCCAAUCCCACGCAGACCUACCAGGUGCUGCAAACAUGCUUGGCAGAUCCUGCGCUGGCUGUGAAGGCCGAAGCUGCAGCUUUGCUGUGCUCCUUUGUGGACAGUAUUUCAAGCAGAGAGGGACGAAAGCCUUUCCAGCAGUUGAUCCCGGAUGUUACAACUGUCAUGGCGCAGCUUGCUAGCGACCCUGAGCCAAAGCAUCUCAACACGGUGCUGCAAGCCUUCCAGUCUACGACCGAGACGGCGGAUUUCUUCAAGCAGCACAUUGCGACACAUUUGAUGCCAGUGCUGUGUGGCAUUGCAAAGUCGCACCAAGAUAUGGCUGCAAGGAAGUAUGCAUUUGAGGUGAUUGUGUCCUUCAUGGAGAGCAAGCCUAAAAUGAUGCUCAAGGUGCCCCACUAUAUCGAACAGGCUCUGGAUCUUUGUGUCCACUUCAUGAUGCAGCUUGAGGACGACAUCUCUGGUUGGAUGCAAGAGGAUGAUGAGGAUGGCGAAGAUGAGGAGCUUUUCAGUGUUGGCAAAGAGGCAGUGGAUCGUAUCAGUCGAUGUGCGGUCAAGGUGGAAGCAUUUCCAUUCUUGCUGGAGGGCUUGAAACAGGCAGUGACCAAGCUUUUUCAAACCGGAGAAUGGAAGCAGGUUGUUGCAGGGAUUUCCACGCUUGCCAUGAUCGCUGAAUAUGUGGACGACGAGGCCACGGUGUCCCAGAUGACGAAUGGCAUCAAGAUACAGUUGGGGGCAAGCAAUGCGCGUGUACGGUAUGCUGCUUGGGGUGGCAUGGCACAAUUUUCCGAGGACCAUGCUGAUGUUGUCAGCUCUGAGGCCUUCACUUCUCAGUUGCUGCCAGAGUUUCUCAAAGGUCUUGAUGAUUCUUGCCCCAGAGUCAGCCUUCGAUGCAUGGAGGCCUUCCAGCAUUAUGGUGAGGCUUUGGAGCGAGAGGAUCUGGAGCCUUUCAUCCAACCCUUGAUGGAAAAGCUGGGUGCCAAGCUCCAGAGUCAGGACAUCAAGGUGCAGAAGAAGGCGAUCACCUUCAUCGCCGUCAUCGCCGGACAGGUAGAUGAUGCCUUCGCUCCCUAUUACGGCCACUUGAUGCCGGUGCUGAAGCAGGUGAUCCAGAAUACAUUGCACAAGACAGAGGAACGGCAGCUUUUGGGCAAGUGCUUUGAGUGCAUCUCUUUGUUGGCCCGGGCCGUUGGGCGCAGUGGCUUCAAAGCCGAUGCUGAGCAGAUCAUGCAGGCCAUGAUUGAAGCAACGAAGGUGCCAAACUUGCCGAUGAGCGAUCCUGUGAAGGAGUACAUGAUGGCGGCCUCUGAGCGCAUUUGUUCCACGCUGAAAGAAGACUUCCUUCCCUUCGUCAGUCACAUCUUGCCCGGUGUUUUGGAGAAGUUCACGCUGGCCCCAAGGGAGUUCACACCCGGGAACAAUGACAUUGACGAUGACGAUGAAGUCAACCUGACCUUGCUGCGUGAGAAUGGCCAGGUGAAGGUAAUGAUCAUGUACUCCUCAGAGAUUCAGGAUCUCAAAGGGGCCCUGGAAUGUGUGCACACGUUUGUGGAAGAGCUAGCUGCUGCGUAUGCACCUUUUGUGACCCAAACUGCACAGGCACUACUUCCAGUCUUCGACUUCACCAUGGAGGAUGGCAUAAGGGACCUGGCCUUUGAAACCUGGGGCCAGCUCUGCCGCAGUGCUCGCCAGGGUGGACAGGUACAGAUCGUGAGUGAGCUUGUGAUGGAGUUCCUCAAGAGGGUCCUGCCCAAAUUUGAGGCUGCCAAGGUGGACAUCAGCGAGCUGAAGACCAGCGCUGAGGGGGUCACUAGCUGCCUCAAGGAAGCUGGUCCAAAUAUCCUGCAUGCCGAACAGCUGCGACAUAUUUGUCGUACCACUCUGGCAGUGAUGGCAGAAUCUUUCAAGCGUCGGGAAGAGGCUGCAAAAGGCCGACCGAAUGGGCUGUCCCAACAUGACGAGGAUGGCGACGAACAUCAUGAUGAUGACGAUGAAGAGGAAGAUGAACAGGCUAUGCGAAUAGCCCUGUGUGAAGUUGCGGGCUCCUUGAUGCAGCACCAUGCUGACAUGUUCGUAGCAGAGAGCUUUCCAGACUACCUCAACCUUGUUGUUCAGUGGUUACAGCCACAGGCUCCAAAGGAUGAUCGAAAACUUGCAUUGUUCGUGAUGUGCGAUUUCCUCGAGUACUUAGGGAAGAGAGCGACACCUCAGUGGCCUCAAUUUCUACCGAAGCUCAUCGAGGACAUCCACAAUCCAGAUGCAGAGCUGAGACAACCUGCGUGCUUCGGGGUCUACUUGGCUGCAAAGGUCCCUGAAUUCGCCCCUUUGGCGUUGGAUACUGCCAAGAGACUCUCUGAGGUAGUCACACAGUCACGGCAGAGGAGCAAAAAGAAGUCGGAAAAGAUCGCACAGGCCUGUGCAGACAAUGCGCUCUCAGGCCUUGUUGAGAUCCUGAUGGUUCACCCUCAGGCGGUGGCUUCCGUGCAGGGAGAGCUUUGGAAGGUUUGGCUGAGCGGCUUGCCGUGUCAGGAGGAUGAAUCCGAAGGUGAACGGAACCACAGAAGAUUGCUUGAGUUGAUCCAGCAGGAGAAACCGGAAGUCGUUGGCGAAGGAGGUCAGAACGUCCCAAAGCUGUUCGGGGUCCUCGUGGAUGUGUACAAAACGGACAUGGCCGACGAGGAAACUUCGAAGGGCAUUGGCCUUUUCGCCUUGAGGCUUGGGGAGAGCAAACUGGAAGCCUUUGCUGCCCAGUUCAGCCAGAGACGCCAGUGA